CACACAUCAUCGGGAUUCGGCACGGUUAUCGCGUGUCAGUCGCGAGAAGUUUCCCUCUUUCAUUCGUGUGUGGCGGCGGUCGUGGGCUCUUCGAGUGACGGCGCCCUGCGUGUGACAAAUCUAAUUUUUCUUUUUGAAGUAUUUUAAUCGAAGUGAUUAUCCGGUUCGUGAAAUAUAAGUGCUGCCGUGUACGGGUGCGUGAGAAGGUGAUUUAUCUAUCCUGCAAGACUUGUCCUGAAGCUUGAAACAUCCGGGAAAAGAACGAGUCACGGCAAACCACGAUCAACACAAUGGCUGGCAAAUCGAACGAAGAAGUUGAGCAAGCAGAGAAUGCCGAGCAGAACCACGCCGAACAGGGAGUCGUCGUCGAUCCAGAAUCAUUGAUCAAGCACCCGCUGCAGUUCACGUGGACGCUGUGGUAUCAGGAACCGGACCGGUCCAAAUCAUGGGAGGACACCCUGAACGAGGUGACCAGCUUUUCCACCGUAGAGGACUUCUGGAGCCUAUACAACCACAUCAAGAGCCCGGCCGAUAUCAAAGUCGGUAGCGAUUAUUCCCUCUUCAAAACGGGCAUCCGCCCCAUGUGGGAAGAUGAAGGUAAUAAACGCGGAGGCCGAUGGAUGGUCAAUGUGCCGCGAGGGCAGCGCCAGGAUUUGGACAAGUACUGGCUGGAUACGAUUUUGUGUCUUAUUGGAGAGGCAUUCGAAAGUUCAGACGAAAUUUGCGGAGCUGUGGUGAACGUUCGCCCUAAAGGAGACAAAAUUGCCAUUUGGACUGCCAACUAUCAGAACCGUGACGCCGUCCUCAACAUCGGCCGCAUUUACAAGGAACGAUUAGGACUGAAAGCAUCGCUCACAUACCAUCUUCACAAGGACACGAUGGUCAAGUCCGGUUCCAGCGUCAAGGCCGUUCAUACCCUGUAGGCGCUCCCCUUCUAGUGCCAGGCACUUCUUUGCAGCGCGAAGCGAUUGACACACACUGUUUCCCUUCUACUUCACACCCUUUUGUUGAGUUUUUUUUUUCAUCGUUUACUGCUUCGUUACUAAUCAAGCGAUCACUUCAGGCAGUCUUACGCGAUGAAUCUGAGGCGCAGUCCUGCCUUUCGCUCGCUAGUAGACCCUAGUAGAGAACAUUCGGAACACGGCGGACUCAAACGAAGAUUAGAAUUUAUCAUCAACUAUCAAUUGCGGAAGCACUACAUGUGGACACGUAUAUUUACGAAUUAAGCAUACAACUUCCUUACACACAAGCCUCACUACUCUAUUCGGUUUUCGUACUUCUCUUCCUGCUUUCUCGUGUUAGACAAAAGCAGAGUAAUACCGAAACACACAUAUUUAUAUUAUGAAUUAAUGCUAAAUAAAGAAUGUAUAUGCAAGAACGUUAAAAAGUGGAAUCCUAUAAAUAAUCGAUUCCAAAAGUAUCCUCUACCUAGAUUAUGGAACGUUGUAAUUACCAUGAAAUCGACCGCACUAGACCAGAAGGAACGUAAAAAACGAAAAGAAGCGAAUAAACGAAACUAAUAAUAGUGAGAAAAUUAACAACUUUUAGUUUUGCUUGGCCUUGGAAUUAUGUAAUUUGAAGUCCUGCAAAAUUUGCUGAAUGAAUAAAUAGAUUUGGCACGCAGAGCAAUUAAACAACAAUUUCGGUUAAUAUUAAUAGUAGGUGUGUCGAAUGGUAUAUAGUUGGGUUAACGUCUUUUGGAGAAGACAAAUUUCUCCUAGACCGUGCAGGCUGAAUCAUUUAUUUGAGAUUUGUAUCGUAAUAACAGAAUUAUCGACCAAAUUAAUAAAUGUUCACGAAAUAUGUUUAUUAUAAACAAGAUUACUUAUUGUACCAUAUGGGGUUCAUUUAUUAUGAUUGAUAUUUUCUAAAAGAAUAUAAA